UUUGGUGUGACAUUGCCGCCAUGGUCAUGGACCGAGUCACUCAGUUGUUCUCUCUCUCUUCUUGAUUAUUGUUCGUCACCAUCAUUCAAAUUCAAAACACGCGCACCAUAAUAACGAAAAACAUUCAUCAUGAUCACCUUCUCUUCACAGGAACAAAAAGCAGCUUCUCUCCAACUUUUCUUCCUUUUACCUCUUCUCUUAAACCCCCGCCAUUUCCAUACGAAAUUAGGGUUGACUUUCGGAGUUAGGCUCUGGGAUUUUCGUUUGUUUCUUUUGCUUUGUUAAUUUAUUUUUUAGGGAUGAUAAUUGGUGGUAUGAGAUUUUUUGGGAUUGAAAUAUGUGGUGGGAGGAUUCAGUUUGUUGCAUUAGGGCAAAUUUGAUGUAACUGGAGUAGAAGGGUUAAUGGGGUUUCAGGGUUUUGCUCUGUUUGGCCUGGUUCUGAUCUCUGCCUUUUGCACUUCGGUUUUUGGAAAUCAAGAAGGCUUUCUAAGUCUAUCUUGUGGGGCGAACACAAGCUUCGUUGAUGCGUGGAACAUAUCGUGGAUCUCAGACGGUGCUUAUAUAACAGUUGGCAACACAACUACAGUGAGCUUCAAUGACGGGAACUCCACCCCUAGUGUCUCACUACGUUUCUUCCCUGAUAACUCGGAGGGUCGAAAAUGCUUCAGGCUGCCUGUUAAUAAUACGGCUACAGUUCUAGUUAGAGGCCGAUUUUAUUACAAAAAUUAUGAUGGAUUGAAUAGGCCUCCAUAUUUUGGGGUCUCUUUAGGUACAACCACAGUGGCCACUGUAAAUCUCAGUAGAUUCGAUCCCUGGGUUGAAGAGUUUGUAUGGCCAGUUGGUAAAAAAGAAACUUUACCAUUUUGCUUGCUUCCUCGUACUGGAGGUGGAACCCCUGUCAUUUCUUCAUUAGAAGUUCGCCCAUUACCAGCAGGUGCUUACAAGAAUGGUACAGGAGAAUUCUUGAGUAAUUCACUGAGGAAGCGAUUUCGAGUCAAUUGUGGGUACACAAAUGGAUCCCUACGGUAUCCUUGGGACUCUUAUGAUCGUAUCUGGGAUCCCGACAUGAACUUUUCACCUACUCGUACAUCAACUGGCUUUGAAAUUCAACAGCAACUUAAUUUUUCGACCAUUCAAGAGAGCCCUCCUGCUCGUGUCCUUCAGUCAGCAAGGGUUUUAGCUAGGAGGGAGAUAUUGAGCUACUAUUUUGAAUUUGAUAAGAUGGGAGAUUACUAUCUUGGCCUCUAUUUUGCUGGAAUUCUUCCUGUUUCAUCCACAUUUGACAUUCUGAUCAAUGGGGUUGUUGUAGAAGCAAACUACAGCAUUGAAAAGUCAAAAGCAAGUGCAUUCUUCCUUAUGCAGAAAGCUGUCUCAAGUUUGAACAUUACCUUGCGUAAUAUCAGCUUCUACCCACAAGUAAAUGCUUUGGAGGUAUAUGAGAUGGUUGAAAUCCGCUUGGAGUGUUCCUCUACUGCAGUUUCUGCUCUUCAGGUUAUCCAAGAGUCUAGUGGUGCAGAUUUAGGAUGGCAAGAUGAUCCAUGCUCGCCAACACAGUGGAAGCAUGUUGGAUGCCAAGAAAGUCUUGUUGUUUCAUUGGAUCUCUCGGGUCUAAACUUGAGAUCAAUCAAUCCAACAUUUGGGGAUCUGCUGGACCUUCAAACACUAGAUUUGCACAACACAUCUCUCACUGGGCCAAUCCAGAACUUGGAUAGUUUACAGGAACUUCAGAUCUUGAACCUAAGCUUCAAUAGGCUGACUUCUUUUGGAUCUGAUUUCAGUAGAUUAACGUUCCUUCAAAUUAUUGACUUGCAGAACAAUAGCUUAGAAGGAACAGUCCCGGAGAGCCUGGGAAGUUUGCCAAAUCUUCAUCUGUUAAAUUUGGAGAAUAAUAAACUUCAAGGAACCCUACCACAAUCUCUAAACAAGCAAACUUUGGAAGUUAGGAUAUCAGGAAAUUUGUGCCUUUCAUUCACCCCCUCAACAUGUGUAAAUGUUCAACCACGUCCUACAAUUCAGACCCCACAAGUUACAUAUUUUAACAUGAGAAAGAAGCAUGGCCACCAUAGAAAUGCCAUUAUUAUCGGUGCAGUUGCUGGUGGUGCAUUUGCACUCAUGAUUUUGGGGCUUUUCAUUUUCAUGUGCACGAGGAGGAGCAAACAGAGCGAUGACAAUCCAUCCACCUCAGGCACAGAUAUGCGCAGUUGGAAUGCUGCCAAGAUUUUCUCGUAUAAGGAGAUAAGAUCUGCUACAAACAACUUUAAGGAAGUUAUAGGUCGUGGUAGUUUUGGAUCUGUGUACCUUGGGAAACUUACUGAUGGGAAACAAGUUGCAGUCAAAGUGCGGUUUGAUCGAACCCAACUUGGUUCAGAUUCCUUUGUCAAUGAGGUAUAUCUUUUGUCACAAGUGCGCCACCAAAAUCUUGUGUCAUUGGAAGGAUUUUGUCAUGAAUCAAAACAGCAAAUCCUAGUAUAUGAGUAUGUACCAGGGGGGUCACUUGCUGACAAUCUUUAUGGAUCAAACAGUAAGAAGAGAACGUUGAACUGGGUUCGAAGGUUAAAAAUUGCAGUUGAUGCAGCAAAGGGAUUGGAAUAUUUGCACAAUGGAAGCAAUCCAAGAAUCAUUCACCGUGAUGUGAAAUCCAGCAAUAUCCUUUUGGACUUGGAGAUGAAUGCCAAGGUCUGUGACUUUGGCCUCUCUAAACAGGUUGCUCAGGCUGAUGCUACUCAUGUCACCACUGUUGUCAAAGGAACUGCUGGCUACCUCGAUCCGGAAUAUUAUUCAACUCAACAAUUAACUGAGAAGAGUGAUGUAUAUAGUUUUGGGGUUGUCCUUUUAGAGCUAAUUUGCGGACGUGAACCUUUGAGUCACUCUGGUUCUCCAGAUACUUACAAUUUGGUCUUAUGGGCAAAGCCAUAUCUGCAAGCUGGAGCAUUUGAAAUUGUGGAUGAUAACCUGAAGGGCAUCUUCGAUUUGGAAAGUAUGAGAAAGGUAGCUCUUAUUGCCUCAAGAUCAGUGGAGAGAGAUGCAUCCCAGAGACCAACCAUGGCAGAGGUCUUAUCAGAGCUCAAAGAUGCCUAUAGCAUUCAGCUUGCAUCCCUUGCUGCUAGUGGACAUUCCGGUUGACUGUUAUUCUAGUUAUUUAUUUCGCCGGCCUAUUCUACCGUAUAUUAUACACCCUCACGCAUGAACAAUCACUCUAGAAGAUCACAUAUUAGGGUGGAUGGUUCAGAAUUCUCACGAUUACAUUCUGUUCAUGUUGACUAUCCACCCCAUCGACCAUAUGGUGGAGAGCAUUUCUUUCUCAGAAACAUAAAUUAUGGGUAUGUGUGUAAAUUCUUUUCAACUGACUAUUUAUGAUGUAUUUUGCUGUAUUUAAAUAUGAUCUAUGAUUGAAUAUAUUCAUUUCCGAGCUGGGGAAUGCGAAUGCUCGAAUUGUCUUAUAGAUCAUCUUUUUGUUGUUGAA